AUGUCUUCGGGGGCGUUAUUUCCAAGCCUGGUGCCAGGCUCCCGUGGCUCUUCGAGCAAGUACCUGGUGGAAUUUCGAGCAGGGAAGAUGUCCCUGAAAGGCAGCACUGUCACUCCAGACAAGAGAAAAGGCCUCGUGUACAUCCAGCAAACUGACGAUUCCCUCAUUCACUUCUGCUGGAAGGACAGGACUUCAGGCAAUGUUGAGGAUGAUUUGAUUAUCUUUCCUGAUGACUGUGAGUUCAAGAGGGUCCCUCAGUGCACUACGGGCCGUGUGUAUGUAUUGAAGUUCAAGGCAGGAUCAAAACGCCUCUUCUUCUGGAUGCAGGAGCCGAAGACGGACAAGGAUGAGGAGCACUGCCGUAAGGUGAACGAGUAUCUCAACAACCCACCCAUGCCUGGGGCUUUGGGGGGCAAUGCCAGUGGAGGCCACGAGCUCUCGGCCUUAGGAGGUGAGGGUGGCUUGCAAAGCCUUCUUGGAAACAUGAGCCAUAACCAGCUCAUGCAGCUGAUCGGACCAACGGGCUUAGGAGGACUUGGUGGGCUGGGUGCACUGACGGGACCCGGGCUGGCCAGUCUGCUUGGGAGUGGGGGACCCCCGACCAGCAGCUCGUCAUCCAG